CGACAGACUGUUGUUAACGGAAGUGAACAGGAACAGGCUGUGUCGCUCUGUUAGUGUCCGAGCGAGGAAAAGCCACCAUGAAAGACAGAUAGAGCGAUUUUUACAAUAAGUGCGACGCUGAAAGACGAGUAAAGACGCAGUGCUUCCGCUGAGCAACAUUCCUCCAUCUUGUUGUCCGAUGCUGCUUUGAGAGUCGAGGCGGACACACGAGCGGUCAUGAAUCACAAUUUCGACCGAGCUCCCGGAGCGGGGAGAAGCUACAACCUUCCAGCGGACCCCGGGUUCGGGGCUGCGGGGGACGACGACACCAAGCCGCAGCUGUUCAACCAGAGGGGGCCGCUGAGACAACCGCGGUCCGUGCCGCUGUUCUCCGAGAACAACACGAGCCCGGCCGGCGAUGCGGUCGGUGGAGAUUGUAGAAAACAAAGCAGACCUCAACAAAGUGCAAAUGCCAACAGUAUGUCUUCCCAAGGAUGUUAUGAUGUCGACUCCUUGGUCAAGUCAUCGAAGCUUUCAGCCAGUGCUGCAGAGUUUGUCCCCUCUGGAAUUAACUCGUAUGAAGACCCCACUCAUUAUGAUGACAGUGAAGGGUAUUACGGUGAAUUAAACUUGGAUGAAAUGGUCAAAGACUUUCUUGAUCACCUGAGCUCCUCACCAGGGACCUUUGAGUCGGACAUUGAAUACAUAACUGGCAUGCUCAAUUCCUGCGUUACUACUGAAGCGUUGCUGAAGGAUCUGGUGGAACUGAUAUACAAAGAGUCCACUGCCAUUCCAAACUUUUCCUACACGGGUGCCAGACUCUGUAAUCACCUGUCUAAACAUCUCAAUGUCAGCCCACCAAGUGGCAACUUUCGUCAGCUGCUCCUGAAAAGGUGUCAAACAGAGUAUCAACAUAGAGAUGUAGCUGUUCGAGGGGAACCAGAGAUUCAAAAGAAGUUUCACUCCUAUGUGCUCUUUCUGGGGGAGCUCUAUCUGCACCUGGAGAUAAAGAGUGCUAAAGGACCUCCAAAAAGAGCAGAUAUCCUCCUCAUUGCUCUGAAAGACCUGAUGAACAGUCUGUUCUCCAACCCUGUGGAUUCAAACCUCAUCUGCGCUGUCAAACUUCUCAAGCUUACAGGCUCCGUCCUGGAUGAUACGUGGAAAGAGAAUGGACAGUCGCACAUGGAGGAACUGAUGCAAAGAAUAGAAACUGUAGUUCUGGACGCCACAUGCAGCAGGGAUGUUAGACAGAUGCUUUUAAAACUCGUGGAGCUGAGAUCAAGUGACUGGGGCAGAGUUCGUGCUGUUUCAGCAGCGAGUAACGCAACUCCAGACAACGACCCCAACUAUUUCAUGAAUGAACCUACAUUCUACACAGAAGAUGGCACACCUUUUACAGCAGCAGACCCAGAAUAUGCUGAGAAGUACCAAGAGAUCCUUGACAGACAAGACUACUUUGAUUUUUAUGGAGAAAAUGGAAAUGAUCUAUCUGACAUUGAAGACGAGAUGGAGCCUGAGAUGGAAGAAGCUUUUGAGAGAUUUUGUUUAGAAGCGGAGAAGAAACGGAAAAAAUGACACCCGAGUGAAAAGCAGUAAGACUCAACAGGCACAUACUGUAUUUUUCCAUCUUAACCUGCUGGAAUAUUAAAAAGCAAAAAAAAAACUAGCAGACUAUAGGCUCAAACGUUUAUUUUACUGCAAACAAGCAUUUUAACAAAAGGAGCUGUUCAUAGUUGCACUUCUGACACUUUUGUUCGGUCAGUGUUGAUUAGAAAACAGGGACAAUCGAUAGAAUAAUUGUUCAGAAUGUUUAUGAAUGGAGGCUUUUUUUUAGAAAUGGAAGUUUUCUCUUUGUUGUUUUGAAAUCUUUCAGCAAUUUAUCCAAUUUAUGCCUGAACUUGUUUCAAAGAGGGAAAUCGUGUGCUGUGAAUUUUUUAAAGGCUCUUUACUGAAAGGCAGACAUGUUUUAGAUUUAAUACCCAGUGCAAAACAUACAGGCCCCAAAAAUGCACUGUAGAUGGGGCAGGUGGUUGUUUUUACCGCCGCAUAAGUGCAUAUACAGCCUCUCUUUCCGCUGUGGUGACAUUGUGUGUCAUUUCAAAUUGCCAAUAUUAACCACUUCAUUCAAAGCUUUUCACCUGUUUAUAUCUGGCUGGAACUUACUGAAGUUGUCAGGAACUCUGUGAAAGUUUGUGCAGUUAGGAUGAUUCAUUAUAGCGCUAAGAAAGAAAAAUCUGUCACAAACGUGGACUUGAAUAUAGACAAAUAUUGUUUUUUAAUUUCUUUUGGGGGUAAAAAUCAAGAUCCUUGGACAUUUUAAGCACAUGCUUUACAAUCUCCAGAAUAGGGAGCAUCUACAUUCUGUUCAUUUCUCAAACCUAGCUUUUAAUAUGUACAUGUGUGAAAUCUGCAGCGGUCAGUGUGACAUACAAUAACUCAACUGCUUAAAGGUUAUCCUUGUUAUCUCUGAAAGACUACAAUACUGUUUAGCAGCAAUCCAUGGAACCCAUACAAAGGAAUGUUGCUCUGUAGUUUGUAAAUAUUAUUUAUAGUUUUCUUUGCCUGCAAUAAAUACUUUAUAAUGUGAGAUUUUA